GCCAACGCUUUUACAAGCUCGUCAUCUUCAGCCUUGGGGAUGGCCAGCGCUUUUACAAGCUCGUUAUCUUCAGCCUUGCAGAUAUCAUGCGCUUGUGCAAGUUCGUCAUCUUCAGCCUUGCAGAUAUCCAGCGCUUUUACAAGGUCGUCAUCAUCAGCCUUGCAGAUAUCCAGCGCUUGUACAAGGUCGUCAUCAUCAGCCUUGCAGAUAUCCAGCGCUUUUACAAGUUCGUCAUCUUCAGCCUUGCAGAUAUCCAGCGCUUUUACAAGGUCGUCAUCAUCAGCCUUGCAGAUAUCCAGCGCUUGUACAAGGUCGUCAUCAUCAGCCUUGCAGAUAUCCAGCGCUUUUACAAGGUCGUCAUCUUCAGCCUUGCAGAUAUCCAGCGCUUUUACAAGGUCGUCAUCUUCAGCCUUGCAGAUAUCCAGCGCUUGUACAAGGUCGUCAUCUUCAGCCUUGCAGAUAUCCAGCGCUUUUACAAGGUCGUCAUCUUCAGCCUUGCAGAUAUCCAGCGCUUGUACAAGGUCGUCAUCUUCAGCCUUGCAGAUAUCCAGCGCUUGUACAAGGUCGUCAUCUUCAGCCUUGCAGAUAUCCAGCGCUUGUGCAAGGUCGUCAUCUUCAGCCUUGCAGAUAUCCAGCGCUUGUGCAAGGUCGUCAUCUUCAGCCUUGCAGAUAUCCAGCGCUUGUACAAGGUCGUCAUCUUCAGCCUUGCAGAUAUCCAGCGCUUGUGCAAGGUCGUCAUCUUCAGCCUUGCAGAUAUCCAGCGCUUGUACAAGGUCGUCAUCUUCAGCCUUGCAGAUAUCCAGCGCUUUUACAAGGUCGUCAUCUUCAGCCUUGCAGAUAUCCAGCGCUUUUACAAGGUCGUCAUCAUCAGCCUUGCAGAUAUCCAGCGCUUGUACAAGGUCGUCAUCUUCAGCCUUGCAGAUAUCCAGCGCUUUUACAAGGUCGUCAUCUUCAGCCUUGCAGAUAUCCAGCGCUUUUACAAGGUCGUCAUCUUCAGCCUUGCAGAUAUCCAGCGCUUGUACAAGUUCGUCAUCUUCAGCCUUGCAGAUAUCCAGCGCUUGUACAAGGUCGUCAUCUUCAGCCUUGCAGAUAUCCAGCGCUUGUACAAGGUCGUCAUCUUCAGCCUUGCAGAUAUCCAGCGCUUGUGCAAGCUCGUCAUCUUCAGCCUUGCAGAUAUCCAGCGCUUGUGCAAGGUCGUCAUCUUCAGCCUUGCAGAUAUCCAGCGCUUGUACAAGGUCGUCAUCUUCAGCCUUGCAGAUGUCCAGCGCUUUUACAAGGUCGUCAUCUUCAGCCUUGGGGAUUGCCAGCGCUUUUACAAGGUCGUCAUCAUCACCCUUGCAGAUGGCCAGCGCUUUUACAAGGUCGUCAUCUACAGCCUUGCAGAUGGCCAGCGCUUUUACAAGGUCGUCAUCAUCACCCUUGCAGAUGGCCAGCGCUUUUACAAGGUCGUCAUCUUCAGCCUUGAAGAUGGCCAGCGCUUUUACAAGUUCGUCAUUCUUUUCCAUGAAGAUGUUCAGCGUUUUGACAAGGUCGUUAAUUUCAUCCAUGGAGAUGGCCAACGCCUUAACAAAGUCGUCAUUUUCUUUCUUGGACAUGGCCAGCGCUUUGAAAAGGUUGUUAUUUUCUUCCAUGAAGAUGUCCAGCGCUUUUACAAGGUCGUUAUUUUUAUCCCUGGAAAUGGCCAGCGCUUUGACUAAGUCGUUAUUUUCUUCCUUGAACAUGUCCAGCGCUUUUACAAUGUCGUUAUUUUCAUCCUUGGAAAUGUCCAGCGCUCUGACAAGAUCGUUAUUUUCAGCCUUGGAUAUGGCCAGCGCCUUGACAAUGUCGAUAUUUUCAUCCUUGGAAAUGUCCAGCGCUCUGACAAGAUCGUUAUUUUCAGCCUUGGAUAUGGCCAGCGCCUUGACAAUAUCGUUAUUUUCAUUCUUGGAAAUGUCCAGCGCUCUGACAAGAUCGUUAUUUUCAGCCUUGGAUAUGGCCAGCGCCUUGACAAUGUCGUUAUUUUCAUCCUUGGAAAUGUCCAGCGCUCUGACAAGAUCGUUAUUUUCAGCCUUGGAUAUGGCCAGCGCCUUGGCAAUUUCGUUAUUUUCAUCCUUGGAAAUGUCCAGCGCUCUGACAAGAUCGGUAUUUUCAGCCUUGGAUAUGGCCAGGGCUCUGACAAGAUCGUUAUUUUCAUCCUUGGAAAUGUCCAGCGCUCUGACAAGAUCGUUAUUUUCAUCCUUGGAAAUGUCCAACGCUCUGACAAGAUCGUUAUUUUCAGCCUUGGAGAUUUCCAGCGCUUUGAUAAGGUCGAUAUUUUCAUCCUUGGAAAUGUCCAACGCUCUGACAAGAUCGUUAUUUUCAGCCUUGGAGAUUUCCAGCGCUUUGAUAAGGUCGAUACUUUCAUCCUUGGAAAUGUCCAGCGCUCUGACAAGAUCGUUAUUUUCAGUCUUGGAGAUUUCCAGCGCUUUGAUAAGGUCGAUACUUUCAUCCUUGGAAAUGUCCAGCGCUCUGACAAGAUCGUUAUUUUCAGCCUUGGAUAUGGCCAGCGCUUUGAUAAGGUCGUUAUUUUCUUGCCGGGAGAAAGACACGACUUUUUGCUGCCUGUCAAUUUCAUUCCUAGCGUUAGACAGAUCACUAAGCAGGCCGUGGUUUCUUCCUGGAAUAAGGACACGAAUUUUCGGAGCCUGUGAAUUAUUUUUCCAGCGUUAGAUAAGUCACUGAGCAGGACGCUAUUUUCGCGUCGCGAUAAGUGCAGGUCAUUGAUCAGGCCGCUGUUUUCUUCCUCCAGCGCUAAUCUUUGCUGCUCUUUCUCUCUCAAGCC